GAUCAUGGAAAGGGCCGAAGAUGUCGGCUCGGUCAUGUGAUCAGCUGUGUCCAAUCACAGCUGAUCACAUGGGACAUGUACACUGAUCAUCAGGGCACUGAUGAUCAGUGUUUCCUGAUGAUCAGUGUAGCCCCAGCUGUGCCACCUGUCAGUCAAUCAGUGCCAGCUAUCAGUGCCAGUGCCUAUCAGUGCCACAUCAAUGCUGCAUACCAGUGCACAUCAAUGCCACAUAUCAGUGCCCAUCUGAGCUGGCUUUCAGUGUCAUCCAUCAGUGUUAUCUAUCAGUAGUGCCUAUCAGUGUGCAUCAGCCUGUGCAUCAGUGCCGCCUAACAGUGCCAGUCAGUGUCGCCUAUCAGUGAAAGUCAGUG